UAUCUUUUUUCCACUUCCUGACUGCGGUCACACUGGCAUUCGCAUUUCUUAACUUUUGAUUUUGUUUUGUUUUUCGUUGCAAAUUUGUAAAUUUCCGUUUUCUGCCAGGGAUGAGCACGUCUCUGGGCAACUGCAUUAGCAACUACAUUUACCUGGCCGCCAACGAAGACUACGCCCAGGGCUUGGUGAAGCUAUGCGAACGCUGCGCGCUAAACGACAAUCGCGUUUUGCUGAUCACCAAGCGCAAGGGCAGCACCACCAGCAGCUUCAGCAAGUGUCUGAAAGUCCUGCAAGUGGUAGACAUUGAGAGCGCUCCCUGCCGCCUGUUGGACUUGCAGGAAAACAUAAGUGCGGAUAUCUCAGCGCCGAAUCUGAUUGUCUUUGAUUUGCAUUCGCUCAUCCUGGAGGCCAUACAGCGCCCGGUAAUGCAGCAGUGCUCCACGGAUCAAAUGGUGCGUCAUAUUGCCAAAUGCGCGGCGGCCUUUGUCAACUACAAGGAGCAAGUGGCGGCCACCAUGAAGCAGCGCGGGCAAGGCGAAGCCCUGGACACGAUCGUUGUGAUGUCCCAGGACUCGUAUCCCCUGACACCGGCCCAGUUCAAGCUGCUCAUCGGUCUCUACUUCUGCGGCAAUGAAUGCCACACGAUUUUCUCGAAGCUGGCGGGCAGGAUAUCGGUCUCGCAGGGAUGCGACUAGCAGAGGUACUUGCUUAACCAGUUCCUUUACCUCAGAAUUAGGCUUAACACUAAGCUGUAGCUAUGAUAAUGUAGCUUUUGAUAAUGUAUAAUCAAAAUUAUUUAUUUAAAAGCAAGGAAAGAGAGAGAUGUCAGGAGACUUGAAAGGAAAACUUUGAUUUAAUUAUGAAUAUUGUGUGGAGUUUAGUUUGGAUUAUGUUAAUAUCGAAGGAUAAACUGAUACUCUCAACUGAAAUCCUGUUCGUUUUGUAGUUGUAGCUAAAUUAUAGUUUAUCUAGAGCGAUAAAUUGUAUGUUUAGUAUGUAAAAAUCAUAUAAAAAACCAAGUUCUUAGUACAUAUUAUACUUUGGUUAUAAUAAUAUAACUAAAAACUAGUUUAAAUACCAAAAAAAGAAUAUAUAAAUAUAUAAAAUAACACCACAUGGCAUCCAUGCAAAACAAAAGCUAUACGAAAACCGAAGCAAUUUAAUGCUCUCUCUUUAAGUAUUUACUAUUUAUUAUAAAUAGAAUUAAAGCUAACAAAAAAAAAAAUAGUAUUAACAAUCGUAGAAAUCUCAAAAUUCAAGUUAAAAUGUUAAUA